ACAGUUUCAGUGGACCAUUGCCAAGGAAAGAAUCAACCGUCACAAUUCAACCAAAAUGAAAAAAAUUUCCAUAUUCCUUGUGGUUGCCGCAAUUUUAGUGCAACAAAUAUCAUGUGACCUAGAGAAUGACACAAAUGGCGAUAUUUUGCGUCAGUGUUUGCAAGACAUAAGCCACCAUAAUGAGACGGGGGCGCAAAGUCUGUUACAGAAGUUCAGCAAUUAUGCCAAUUGGACCGUGGAGGAGAUACCCUGCUUUGCCCGGUGUGUGGCUGCCGAAAAGGGUUGGUUCGACAUUGAACGCCAUCGCUGGAAUAAACAGAAAAUUGUCGACGAUUUGGGGGCGAAUAUGUACAAUUACUGUCGCUACGAGUUCAAUCGAGCCUUUAAUAAUGUUUGCACAUACGCCUUUAAGGGUUUAAAGUGUUUGAAACAGGCUGAAUUAAAUGUUUUAGUUACCUAUUCCCACCUACUGGCCUGCGUCAAAGAGAAGGCCACCAGCAUGACACAAUUGCUGGAGUACUAUCAUUUUCCGGCCGGUGAACGCAUUCCAUGCCUUUUCAACUGUUUCGCCAAUAAGGCUCAAUUAUACGAUGCCAAUUAUCAGUGGAUCGUUAAAAAUUGGCUAAAAGCUUUUGGACCCAUCCGCGAUGAAGCUGCAAAUAUUUCCAUUUGUCGUAUAAGUGAUGAGAAGCGCAGCACCAUGGACACUUGUGCCUGGAUGUAUGAUGAGUAUAAUUGCUGGGAACGUUUGAAUUACAAUACAAAUGGAUCGGUGGCCUAUCGUCGAGCACUGCGUCGCACUACCCCCAUGAAGGCAAAGAGACAUAAUUGAAUGGCGGCCCAUUCAAUUUGGAAUUGGCGAAGAGCUACAAGAAAAUGCGUUUUAGAUUUUUAAACAACAGUAUUGGGCGAAAAUGCUUCCCUGCGAUGGGCAUUUCAAUAUGUA